AUGUCCAGGCCUGGUGAGGACGGCCCCACCUUUUCCUGGAACCGUGUGGCUGCAACUCGGUGGCUGAUGGCACCCAGGCAGCAGGUGGUGUUGACAACACGUGAGGCCACGUGCACAAAUGGUGACACCCUCGGCGUGGUGGGGCAGCUCGCCUCUGUCCAGCGGGCCACGAGCAGAGGGGACGACACAGCACGAAGGAGGCCGGAUUGGCUGCAGCUACCUGCUAUCGCCCUCCUGGUCACCCCAGUGCUGGCAGCUCAGGGCUCGUGGCACCAGGCCACACCACUCUCACCUGAUUCUCCUGGUAGUCGGGUGUCCUCUGGUCCCCCUGCCAUCGCGUCAACAGGGGACCCAGGGAGAGGCCGACCUUGCUCAGCCACGGGCCCCACCCCUGCUCCCGACCCCACGCCAGCCCCAGCCCUGACCGGGGGCCUGACCUCUGGGUCCUCACUGGAUGCCAGGCCCCCAGUCAAGUGGGGCCAGGGAGGGAGACAGACGAGGCCGUUGGGGGCCUGGGGGACCCUACUUCCCCCAUCAGCUCCCCCCUCUCACCCCGCACACCUCAAGUCUGCCCCAAGGCUGGGCCGCAGCACGGCAGAGGACUUGCCCCAAGGACCCCUCCCUUCGAGACGUCUAGCCUCCAUUUACCUCGUGGAACCACUGCCGGUCAGCCUUCUUGUCCAUCUUUUUAAGUUUUUUAAACAUCCUGGAGCUUUUCCUAAGGGGCGGGGAGAGGAGGAGGGGACAUGUGGCCAGCAGGUGGGGAGUCUGGGGGCAGACCAGUUCUCCUGGAGACCCCAGAUAUCAACUAGCCUGCAGGAGGCUAUCCACCACAGCCCUGGGCCCUGGGCACUCCGUGGCCUGGGGAGGGGGCUGCGUGUUUCCACCCGGGGCCUCCAUUCCCAGUUCUCCCCGGGGCGAAUCUGCUUUGGGCCAGGUCGCUGUCCUUGGGGCAGAGACCUCCUGCUGCAGAACGCAUGCUCGAGAUCUCCAGUUGGCUUCAACCCACACCUGACAUUGCGGGAAACUGAUUCCUCCAGGGGUAUCGCUGGCCUGACCCACAGGGGGCUCCAAGAGCCCGCCAUCCCUGUCCCUAGGCUCUGCCACCUCCCAGAAAGUCCCAGCCAUCUGAGGGGACACUGCCAGACCUCGGGGUAUCCCUGUCCCCUCAGGUGCCCUGGUCCCGGGGACAGGACUACCCACCAGGAAACAUGUCCCCAGGUUCUUUUCAGACGACCUACGGGAGGGAACUGCAAGGCCAAGAGAAUCGCGUGGAGGGAUGCAAAAUUCAGGAAGGUCUCACAGUCCUGGGAGGGAAGACAGAGCUGAGAGCGUGGCCUGCUUCUCUGCUCUGUCCCCCCACGAACUCCUGUCCUUAAGCCCAGCACACCUGGUAGCUGGUGAGCAGCCCUCCUGGGUGGAGGACUGUAGCUCAACCCAAGGAAGGGGCAGGGAUGGCUGUCCCCCCCUGGGGCCUGCGAGUCCAGGUCAGCACGCCCCUGGCAGGAGGGCCCAGGGACCGUGCGGGGCAGACCGCAGGCAUUCAUCAUGAGAGUUGGCAAAGGCGGGGAGCAGGUCCCAAGAUGCCAGGAUGGACGCCGGGGGCCGUCCCAUGACUCACCUUGGCCACCCGGAUCCAGAACUCCACCACGCGGGCCCUGUGCCGGGCCGUCAUGCUCGGGGUCCCGAGGCAGGAGGUGGUGACCAACCUAACCGUGGCUUCAAACUGCUUCAUGACCUUAUGGAUGUUGGGGGCCACGUGCUCAAUGCUUGCCUUCUCUGGCUGGUACCUUCUUCCCAUCUGUGGCUUGUAUGCAAUGAAGCCACCGGUUGGAGUUGGAGCCCAGGCAGCUGGAGGUGUGCUGUGAGCCUUGUGGCCGUCCGGGCUUUGGAGCCCGUCCACUGAGGCGCCCAGGACCGGAUGCACAGCGCCGCACAGUGGUGGGGAACGGAGGGGCUCUGCUCGCAGGCACCCUCGCUCACCUCCUCCCUGCAGCACAAGGCAGCUCACCCGGCCAUCCUGGGGCAUCUGCCUCCCAUUCUGCCACCCCUUGGAUCCCGGUACCCACUCAGGGUCUGAAGCAGGUGACACCGGCUGUUGCUCCAGCUCAGGGGUCUCAGGGAGCUCCGGGAUGGGCUCUAGCCUCGAAGACAGCCUUCUCCAUGUCUCUGGACCCAGCUGCAUCUGCCGUGGUGCUGGAGCAGGACACAGAGGAAGGGUCACCCCGGGCCUGAUUCCCCACGCCUCACUGCCUGGAAGGGAAGCCCACCCUAGACGGUCCCCUGGCUGCAGCCCCUCACCUUUGAUCUUGGCCACCGUGGGCCCCAGGUGCUCCUUCUGGCCCAAGUAGUGGAGGACUGGGCCCUGCAGGGUGCAUGCAGGCUGGCUGCAGUGGAAGACGCUGGGCGCACUCUCGGGCUCCCAGGCAAGGCACCCAUCCCAUCCCAUCCUGGGGCUGCGGGAAGGCCGGGGGUGGCAGACUGAGAAGCCUGGUCUUUCCAGCCGCUCUGCCCUCCCCUGCCUGUCCAGGCACCUGUCCCCACCUCCUUCCUGACCCUGCGUGUCUGUCCUGGGACCCCAUCCUCUCCCAUCCUCCCGAGUAGGAAGUCCCCAGUCGUCAGCCCGCCCUUCGGAAUCCAAAGAUGGGUGACCUGCUGGGCUCUGCUGGGCGCCCCCUGCCCCAAGCCCCAAACGCCUCCUCCGCCCAUUCUGUGCACACGGGCAGUGCCCCCUCUGGUCCCAGUAGAAAACUCACGUUUUCAGUUCCUCCUGUGGGCCCUCGUCAUGCCCCCCAUCACAUGAGGAGGCGGUGAGGGCAUCGCCCAUGACGCUCCCCGGCCAUGACCUGCGGAUGACGCCUGAAGUGACUGCCCGACCGACUCCCCCCGGGACGGGGUCCCAGUAUUGUGUCUGCUUCCUUCACGCAGUUAUGCUAAGUGUGCCCAGAGGACCUGCACCAAGUGGGUGCUGCACACCUAUUGUUGCUGAAGGAAGUCCCCCCAGAACCUGUCCAGGUACCCCUCUGCUGCCCCCAGCGGCCCCUCAUGUGAACUCAGUGAGGACGAGGACCGGGCCCAGCCACAGGGAAUCGGGAGCCUCUGCUCCCAAGGCUGCUUUCCUUGUGCUUUUCCAAACUGAGGCCACUGAUGGGUGAAGCCAAAGGCUUUUCAUGAGGUGCAGAGAAGUAAUAGCCCCGAAGUGGCCCAGCUUGGGCGGCAGUCCUUUCUGCAGCACCCAGUGCCUGGGGAGCCCCUCUAAGGCUCUUCCCGUGUUCCCCAUGGACACCCUAACAGGCUGAUCACCAGCCACCCUACCUGUCAGAGGAACACACCACGGCUCAGACACAUGUGGGGACGCUCAAGACACACAGCAGGCCGUGGGCAGAGGCCCGACUGUGCCGAGGAGGGGGUGGGUGCUCACCAGGGGAGCCGCCGUCCCUUGGUCAGCUGCUCGGCUUCCUCGGGAGGGAGUUUGAGCUCAGGUGCGCUCGGGCUGGUGUGUGGAGCUGGUUGCACUCGUGCCGAGCGCUUUCUCCCCUUCCUCCUCACGCGUUUCCGGGGAGCCCUGCGCCUGGGGACCUCAGUCCCGUGGACAGUUGGCUCAUGUUCAGGCUGAGGGGGGCAGCAGGGGUAUAGUCAGUGGGAAACCCAGGUACCACCAGGACGAGGGAGGUUCGCAGCUCACCCGAGAGCCCCCAGCCCCCCGGGAUGCGAGCAAGGAGAGGCACGGGGUGCCCCCGGGGACGAGGUUCCAGGCCCUCUGGAGUGGGCCGGUCGGCCACGCUCGUGGGGCAGCCCUGGGAGGGCCCUGGCAGGUUGCCAGGUUUGGAACGGGGUCCUGGGUGUAGCCAGCCUGCCCCAGGCCCAGGGAGAUGGGGUAGGUGAGUCCAUCCACCAGCUCCUCGUCGCUCCCCAGGGUGGAGCUCUGCAAAGCCGGCGCCUGGUAGCUGCGGAGGAGGCACCCGGGGCUGCGUGGACCUCCCCGCAGGGGGCAGUGUGGGCCGCAAAGCCCGCCCCCGAGGUCAGGCGCACAGGGCCAUCUGCCUAGACAUCCAGUCCCUGGGGGAAGGAGAGGACACCCCCGGGCUCAGGACUAACAUGCGGGUGGAAGUGCCUGGUCCCAACACUCACCUCCACGUCCUGAAUGCUGCGACCAGAGCUGUGGCACUGACUGCCCCGCUAGGGGGCCACCACCUCGCAACGUGCUGCCACCCAGGAACGGCCCCCCUCCUCCCCAGCCUCCAGUCCCACCCAUGCCCCACGCCCACCGCACACACACAGGAAGGGCCGUGGGAAGAUCAGCCUGGGAUGGGUCACACUGUGGCCUGGCCCUGGAGUGGCCCGCUCUGGGCUGCCCUGUGUUACCUCGGGGCUCCUCGGGAGACACGGACAGAGGCGGUGGAGGAGGUCAAUGAGCCCGCGCCCACAGCGAGCAGCAGGACUCUCCGUCUCGGCUUCCCGGACUCCCACGCCUUCAGAAGGCUCCGCACAACAAGACCGCAUGUUGCUCUGUCGAGCGCCUCCGGUCAAUUCCGUGUCCCGCUGCGGCCGCGGUACCUCCCAGGAGCAGCCCAACGCCCCAACCUGCACAGGCAGUGUCAUGCCAGACGUUCCUCCCUAGGGACAUCCCCAGGGAUACAUGGAUGACCCCUCCAGCUCCUGGGGACUGGUGUCACGUGUGUCUGAUGCACAGACUCAGAGAUGGAGGAGUGCCAACCAGGCUUGGCACGGAGCGUGGAACAGCACGCAAGUCAGGCCGGGGUCCGGGCCUUGUGAUCUUGGGCAGGAAGAGAACAAAGAGCAUUUUCCUGAGCAAUACUUACACACUGGGUGCUUGGGGACCAAGUGAUGAAGCCCCAUGUGCAGCAGUAACUGCAAUCUGAGACACUCCGAUCACGGUGUCCAUCAUGCACUGUCAUCUCCAAGAUUCGUCCGUUUUCUGAGUAGGCCGAGUGAGUGACUUCAAUAAGGGUUUGUGGAAAUCACCACCCCCACGUCUUCCAAGGCCUUGGUGGGAACUCCAGUCUGUAACCUCUCCUGGAAGGCAGUACUGCUUUCAAUAUAUACUUCGGAGGGAGUUCUAGAGACUUGUACUUGCCCUGCCACACAGCACGAACUCCUGGCCGGCACAGUCCCCCGUGGCUAGCAAGGAGGAAGCCGGGAGCUCUGCGUCCCUGACAGCUCGGCCCUGUGGCCUCUGACACUGAAGGAGCGGCACUGCGGGCACUUGGUCGGGGUGGGGGGGGUGCUGCUCCUGAUACCAAGACCCGGUCCUCGUCCCUGAGGUCAAAUCACAAAACACAAUGACAAGGUUUUGAGGAAAGGAAAGGAGAGUUUAUUGACUUGCUAGCAAAUGAGGGAGUGGCAGGCUCCCGCCUUAGGGAACCACCGUCCUCCUGACACGCAAGCGGUCAGGGCUUUUCAAGGGGAAAUGGUAGGAGAGAGGCUGGGGUGCAGACACAUGAAGUAGCAGCUUGCAGGGGCCCAAGCAGACAUUCCUGCGCCAAUUCACUAGCGUUUUGUUUUUCUUUUCUGCUCCUCCUCAGUCCCCUGGGACAGAAUGCCUUUUGAGUCCCUUUUUUAGUGAACUUUACUGGCCUUAAUUCUCUCUCAUCCCGCUCAUAUCUAUUUUUCUGCCGAACACUCCCAAGACUGACCAGCCUCUCUGUAAACAUCCCAUAGACGUGCUGACAGGCCCCUCAGGUCUACAGUGUGUGACACCCAGGCAAGAAGCCUGGCUAUAAUUUCCAUUUUCUCCACACGAUCCUGCUCCUUUCAACAAAAAGAUGGAGGUCCUGGGUCAGCCCUUGGUCAACGUAGCUACUUGACCGGUGGUGGCAGCAAGAAUUUCUUCUCUCCCUGAGGUUCCCUUAGCUGGAGUAAGAAACAGAUUGACGUGAAACAGAUUAACAGGAGAAAAAGUAACAAAAUUUAGUUAAGUACAUACAGGGAAGCCAUAGACAUCUGUUCCACAGACAGGGUGUGGGUAAAAUUGCAAUAUUUGCAAAACUCUCUUGGCCUGGCUUUAGUGCAUGUCCGCAUCCACAGGGGUUUCCAAGGGGUGGAGAGAAGUAGUCCGUCUCCAUCAGUGGGUGAUUACGUGGGCGAGCGAGGGCUUCCCUGGACCAGAGAGCUUGGUGGGAGUAUUGGCUGUCUUCUACUGCAGCAGGAGAGAGAGAGAGAGAGGGAGACGCAGGGCGACUGCUUGUGGGCAAUAAACGGCUUUUGAACACUA